AUGCAUAAAGUUCUUGAAAGGGCCACUUUUCUUUUCUACGCCAUCGCAUCGUAUUUGAUGACCCAUACACAGAACAUUUUCGUUGCCACUCACCAGCUUCCAUGGGUGGUUGUGGUCCAGUCUGAAGAUCCGUUAGAAUUUGUGAUCAAGAAGAGCGACGAGUCAAGUGGCCUAUAUUCGGGAUUGCAUUCACUGUCUAAGACCAAGGAUUUGAUAUUUGUUGGCACGCUGGGAAAUCUCCCGGCAACCCUAUCUAGCUCAAAUCUUGAGCACAUCAAAGCAAAGCUGCUUGAGCCUCCUUAUAAUUCGAUUGCCAUUUUGGCACCUCCAAAUAUCGUCGAGGGACAUGAAAUUUAUUCGACGUUGAUUUUGCGCCCUCUUUUGCAUUAUGUGAUCUCGAAUGCAAUUAUUGCUAAAUCUGAGGACGAAUAUUCUAGCUGGGAUUCGUUUGUCAAGCUGAAUGCUCUUUUUGCUGAAAGCAUCGCUUCUUUGAUUAAAAAGGAUGAUAUUGUCUGGGCGAUUGAUUACAAGCUUAUUUUGCUGCCAAAUCUGAUCCAUAACAUCAAUCGCGAUGCUGUUCUUGGAUACUUUCACUAUGCCCCGUUCCCCAGUUCCGAAAUAUUGAGAUGUGUUCCCCAAAGAAAGGACAUAAUGUCUGGGCUGCUUGGGACUACUCUCGUUGGAUUUCAACAUUAUUCAUAUGCAAGCCACUUUCUCAGCUGCUGUACUCGUCUUUUGGGGUUAGAAACCUUUCCCACUGGAGUCAAUUUUAACGACCGCACAAUUUCGGUUGGCAUCUUCCCUACGGGAGUCAAUGUUGAGGAGAUAGCGUCACUUCGAGACUCUUCUGCUGUGCAGGAAAAUAUGAAAACCCUUAGAGACUCUUUUUGCACAAAAAAGAUCAUCAUUGGCCACGAGCGGCCAUCUCAAAUCAAUGGGGUGUGGCACAAGCUUUGCUCUUUUGAAAAAUUCAUUGAAAAGUACCCGGACUUGGCAAAAAAUACGAUUUUGAUUCAAAUUACAUCGAAAAACACGCUUUCCGAGUCCUCAAAAACCGAAGACAAAACAUUCGAAUUUGUUUCCAAGAUAAACGCAAAAUAUGGGUCCAUAGACCACCAGCCGAUUCAUUAUUUUACGCAUCUAUUUGAAAGAGAAAAUUUUUUGGCUGCUUUGGCAGAAGCGGAUGUUUGUGUGAUCACUUCUGAAAGAGAUUCUACCAAUAAUUUGGCAUUCGAAUAUGUGCUUUGCCAGAAGCAACGUCAAAGCCCACUAAUAAUCAGUGAGCUGAUUGGAAAUGCAGCCAAUUUUACCACGGCCCUGCAAGGUGUUGCAGAUAGUAUUUAUAAAGCCCUCACCAUGUCAACAAAGGAAAAGGCUUUUCGAUUUGAGCAAUUGUACAGAAAUGUCGUCACUUGCAAUAUCAAUGAUUGGGGAACUAUUUUCUUGAACGAAUUGCAAGAUCUUUCAGCUGCCAUCAGUUUUACCAAGACCAUUCACCUGGAAAGCUCUCUAAUUGUGGCAGAGUAUUGCAAGGCCAAGGAAUGUCUUUUACUGCUCGAUUAUGAUGGGACGCUGGUUGACAUACAACCUGUGCCAUCAGCAGCCACUCCUACUGCAAGAUUGCUGUCCGUUCUUGAGCGGUUAGCUGGUAACGAAAAAACUCAUAUUUUUUUGAUAUCUGGAAGAGAUCAGCAAACACUUGACGAAUGGCUGGGGCACAUUGCAAAUCUUGGAUUCAGUGCAGAGCAUGGGUGCUUUUUGAAGAUGCCAGGAGAGCUCUGGGUUAAUCAAUUGGAGGAAUUGGAUAUUUCGUGGAAGACCGAUAUCCUUUCGGUUUUCGAAUAUUAUACUGAAAGAACACCAGCACAAGCGAUCCUCGAUUACUUGGCAUUUUCGUCUGGCCGACCCGGAUUAUGGGUAACUUGGGAUGAUGUUGUAACGUUAAGAUCUUGGCAGGCCAAUGAAUGCCUAAAUCAUCUUGAAAGUCUUAUUGCUGGAAAGGGCGAGUUGGAAAUCCUGCCCGGGAAGAAAAAUUUAGAGGUGCGACCAAAGCUGGUCAACAAGGGCCAAGUUAUAUCUCGCCUAUGCCAAAUGUAUCCUGAAUCCGAUUUUAUCUUUUGUGUUGGAGACGAUAGAACGGAUGAGGAUAUGUUCAAGUGCUUGAAGAAACUUGGCAAACAUGCUUAUGAUUCUACAUUUUCGUGUACCGUUGGUGCCAAGCCGAAUUCAACGCAAGCAAAGUAUUUUCUACGUUCUCCAAACGAAGUCCUAAAUGUACUGCAACUGCUUGCCUUUCAACCAAACUAA